AUGUCCUACCAGCAGCACCAGUACCCUCCCAACGCCAGCCUGGUUACGGUCCUCCCCCCCGGCGAGUACGGCUACCCUCAGCAGCAGGGAUAUCCUCCCCAGGGUUACCCUCCCCAGCAGGGCUACGGCGGCCCCCCUCCUCAAGGUGGUAUGCAAUACCAGCAGCCCCCGCCCCAGGCUCAGCCCCAACAGAAGAGCAGCGGUGGUGGCCAGGGCUGCCUUGGCGCCUGCUUGGCCACUCUCUGCUGUUGUUUCGUCUGCGAAGAGGGCUGCGAGUGCUGCGCCGACUGCAUCGAGUGCUGUGAGAUGUGCUAA